CCCGGGGCCGGAGUUACCCACCCGCCAUGGGCAACGGCAUGAACAAGGUCCUGCCGGGCCUAUACGUGGGUAACUUCAGAGAUUCGAAAGAUUGCACGCAGCUGGACAGGUUCAAGAUAUCGCACAUCGUUGCCAUCCAUGACGCUGCCAGGAGGCUUCACCCGGAUAAGCAGUACCUGUGCGUGAUGGCCUCCGACACCCCGGACCAGAAUCUCGUCCAAUAUUUUCCGAUUUGCAAUGACUUCAUCCAUGCCGCCCGCCUUCGCGGUGGAAACGUCCUCAUUCACUGCCUGGCAGGGAUGUCCCGCUCAGUGACUGUGGCCGUAGCCUAUAUCAUGACCGUCACUUCUCUUUCGUGGAAGGAUGCUCUCAAAGUGGUGAGGGUCGGAAGAUCAGUUGCUAAUCCCAACGCUGGUUUCCAACUGCAACUAGAGGAAUUCGAAAUGACUAAGUUAGCAGAGGAGCGACGCAGAUUGAAAGAGAGGUUUCCCUCGCUUGCGCUGGCAGCAAGUGAUGAAGCCGAGUGCCAACUAAUUCUCAAUUCCUAUGACAGCCUUCUCCUCUCGAAGAAGUUCUGUGAAGGAAACUGCCCGAUGGGCCAAGUCUGCCCUUCAGGACUUUGCCGAUCACCUAGCAAAACGUAAAAUUUACUGAAGCCUAAAUCUACUUAGAGUCAACUUUUAUAGUUGUAGCAGUGUCUCAGAAAAAAAUAUAUAUGAGUACUACUCAUUUGUUGAAGUUUUAAUAUUUUAAAGUAUGAGAUUUAUGCAGGUUGUGAAAAAGAUUUUUUUUCUCCUGCUUUAUUUAUUUAUUUAAAAAAAAUUAAAUUACUUUAAACUAGAAAAAAAAAUUAACAAUAAGUUUCCUUGAUAAAGUUUGUGGCUAAUAAAUAUUUAAUUACUAACAUUUUAUAAUAGUUAAGAUAAAUUCCCC